CGAGGCGACAAGACCAACCACGGCCUGCCCGAGCUCAAUGCCAGCUCCAUUGGAAUGGCCAAAGCCGCACUCGAGGCGAUGAACGAGCUGGACCUCUUUGGCGGCCGCGGCGGCCUUCCCUCCGUCAUCCACGUCCUCGCCGACGAGGCGCAAAAGUGUCACGCCGUCCUCGAGUCGCUCCUCCCGCGAGAGUCCAAUUCGAAGGAGGUCGAUGCCUCCCUUCUCUCCAUCAUCAGCUUCCCCGCCUUUGCCGUGGAGAGCCGCGAGCUGAUCAAGGUGACCCGGGAUGAGAUCAAGACCAAACUGCAGGGCCGCUACGGCUGCAAGCGCUUCCUGAGGGACGGCUACAAAACGGCCCGGGAGGACCCCCGCCGCCUCUACUACGAGCCGAGCGAGCUGAAGGCCUUCGAGAACAUCGAGUGCGAGUGGCCGCUCUUCUACUGCUACCUCAUACUGGAUGGGCUCUUCUACGGCGACGACGAGGCGGUGGAGGAGUACGCGGAGAAGCUCGAUGCGCUGCUGAUCAAGACGGAGGACGGGCUGCGCCUGGUGCCGGAGAUGUACGCAGUGCCGGGCCACCUGGUGGAGAGCGAGUAUCGGCGGCCGCACUCGCAGGAGCGCAUUCCAAUCGGCUCGCUUCCGUUUAUGUGGGCGCAGUCGCUGUACACGGUGGGGCGGCUGCUGAAGGAGGGGUUCAUUGCGCCCGGGGAGUUGGAUCCGCUCAAUCGGCGACUGUGCACUGAGAAGAAGCCUGAUGUGGUGGUUCAAGUGGUCAUCCUCGCCGAGGACGAGAAGGUGAAGGAGCGCAUGGCGCAGCACGACCUGGCGGUGCAGACCAUCGAGGAGGCCUCGCCGCUUGAGGUGCAGCCCGCCCGCCUCCUCUCCAACCUCUACACCUACCUGGGGCAGAAUGAGAAGCUGUCGCUGUCGGGACGCAUUUCGAAGGAGGUGGGCAUCCUCGCCACCAGCAAGCUCUACUCGCUGCAGGGCCGCAUCUUUGCCUUUACGCCGCAGAACCUCGACCGGUUGAACUUCUACAUUGUCAACGAUGUGAACCUGAUGGCGAGCAACUUUCGCAGCGCCGUACACAUGCUCAAGAGCAACUGGCGCGAGCUGGGCCGGCCGACGCUGACGCUGAUCAUGUACCGGCAGUUUUUGGAGAACGACAAAGUGCCGCUGUCGAUCAUCUCGACGCUGAAGAAGAUCAAGAGCGGCUACCUGCACGGCACGCGAGUGGUCUUCGGCAACCUGGAGGACUUUCUCUCCACCUCCUGCAUCUCCAAUCUCACCUUUCUGGCGAACAUUGAGGAUGGCGACAAUGAGAACCUCAAUCCAGCGGUUCGGCUCUUUCUCGAGCACGAGCUUAGUCGGCCGUUUUUUGUUCGUCGG